CGCAGAAGGUAGGGAGCGUCUCCGAGUCUACCGCCAGACUCUUAUGGCGGGUCUCCAAGCGGCAGCACGCCUCCCCACGAAUUUGGCUAAGGUAACAGCUGUAAUGCAAGGGGAAAGUGAAAGCCUGGCCGUGUGUUUAGAACGCCUCUAUGAUGCUUAUAGACGGUACACCCCUCUACACCCCCUGGCAGAGGAGAAUCAGCCAGCUAUAUUUAUGUCCUUAAUAAACCAAGCUGCGCCAGAUAUUAGGAAAAAAUUAUAUAAGCAAGAAGGAUUGGGGGAAAUGACCAUUCGCGAUCUGAUGAAAGUGGCAGAGAGGGUUUUCAACACUCGAGAGACCCCGGAAGAAAGAGAGGAUAGGAUCAGAAAAGACAAUCAGGAGUUGCAGGAAAGAAUUAGGGAAGAAGACAGAGAGCACCUGGGUAGGGAAAACAGAAGGCAGCAGAUGGAGAUGGCCAAAAUUCUACUGGCAGGGGUGCAAGGCACAGCCCGGGGAAGACCAGGUCCAAGCGGACCCGCCCGACUUUGGAAACCGUGGUGCGGGCUACAUAGGGGAUAGUGUGCGAUCUACAAAGAAUAUGGACAUUGGGAGAGGGAAUGCCACAAGUGCCAGGGCCAGACCAGACAAGACGUUCAGGUUUUUCUGGCAGGAAUGGAUAGUGACUAAGGGAGACGGGACUCGGGUCCCCUCCCCAAGUCUUGGGUAACUGUGUAUGUAGAGGGGAAACCAAUGGGAUUCAUGGUAGAUACAGAAGCCCAGUACUCAGUUUUAAACAAGCCUACAGAGCCCCUGUCUCAGAAAACCAGCCUGGUGCAAGGCGCAACUGGGUCCAAAGUUUAUCGAUGGACCAGUAAGUGCCAGGUGGACUUGGGCCGUAAUCAAGUGACCCACUCCUUCCUGGUUAUCCCUGAGUGCCUGGCCCCCUUGUUAGGGCGUGAUCUCCUAACCAAGGUCCAGGCCCAUAUCCACUUUGAGCUGGACAGCAUCAAAGUGAUGGACAGCCAAGGACAGCUCCUUCAUGUCCUGACCCUGUCCCUCAUGGAUGAGCAUCGCAUGUUUGCCAUGCAUGGCACCUCUCCUCCUACAGAGUGGCCCCACGAGUUGGAUUACUAGCUUAGAAUGUACCCUCAGGCAUGGGCAGAAAUAGCGGGUGUGGGUCUGGCAGCCCACUGAGCACCAGUAGUGGUCGAAGUCAAACCCUUGGCCCAGCCCAUUCAGGUCCGACUAUACCCCAUGUCCACUGAGGCACGAAAGGGGAUUGCCCCACACAUUAACCGCCUCUUAGAAGCUGGGAUACUGAAACCCUGCCACUCCACCUGGAACACCCCACUUCUUCCCAUUAAGAAACCAGGGGGAAAAGAUUACAGGCCAGUCCAGGACUUGAGGGAAGUAAAUAAGAGAACCGAGGACAUCCACCCCACAGUCCCCAACCCUUACACCUUACUAAGUCACUUACCCCAUUCACAUGUUUGGUACACCACCCUAGACAUAAAGGAUGUUUUUUUUAGCAUAGCCCUGGCACCCAGCAGCCAAAACAUUUUUGCCUUUGAAUGGCAUGAUGACAACACGGGAACCUCUGGACGGUUGACUUGGACUAGACUGCCACAAGGCUUCAAAAACUCUCCAACCCUGUUUAAUGAAGCCUUAAAUCAGGACCUGGACUCGUUUCGCCAGAGCCAUGAUUCAGUUACACUCCUGCAGUAUGUAGAUGACUUGCUUCUCACAGCCCCCACCGAGUCCAAAUGCCGACAGGCCACUGGAGACCUCCUCCAGGAACUAGGACAAUUGGGUUAUCAAGCCAGUGCAAAGAAGGCUCAAAUAUGCAGGCAGACAGUCACUUACCUAGGAUAUGAAUUAAGCAAAGGUACCAGAUGGCUAACAAAGGCCAUGAAAGAGACUAUUCUUAGGCUUCCAGUCCCGACCUCAGUCUGAGAGGUCUGCGAGUUUCUAGGGACAGCAGGCUACUGCCGACUAUGGAUUUUGGGGUAUGCUGAGAUAGCAAGGCCCCUGUAUGAAGCAGUCAAACAUAAGGCCCCCUGGGCCUGGGCCAAAACAACAAAAGGCCUUUGAUGAACUCAAGACUGUCCUCUUAACGGCACCAGCCCUGGCGUUACCAGACCCCCUAAAAUCCUUCACCCUCUUUGUCGAUGAGAGGAAGGGGAUAGCAAAAGGAGUGCUAAUGCAGCAGCUGGGGCCAUGGAAGCAUCCGGUUGCCUAUUUAUCCAAAAAACUCGAUCCAGUUGCAGCAGGAUGGCCCCCAUGUCUAACGAUCAUCGCCACAGUGGCCCUAAUGGUAAAAGACGCAGACAAACUCACCUUUGGGCAGCAUCUAAAGGUGGUAACUCCUCAUGCGAUCGAGGGAGUCCUGAAGCACCCCCCUGAUCUAGAGGUCCCCCUGCAUGAAUGCCAAGAAAUCCUGGCAGAGCUCACCCAGGUGCACCCUGACCUCCAGGACGUCGCCCUUCCCAACAUUGAGUUGGUAUGGUACACUGGCGGAAGCAGCUUCAUCAUGGACGGGAUGCGAAGGGCAGGCAUGGCAGUAGUAGACCAAGACGGGAAUGUCAUCUGGAGUGCCUCGCUUCCCCUGGGGACCUCAGCCCAAAAAGCCGAACUGAUUGCGCUGGCAGAGGCGCUAGAAUGAGCUGAAGAGAGAUGGGUGACUGUAGCCACUAUGCUUUCGCCACUGUCCAUGUGCAUGGUGCCAUCUACUGGGAGAGGGGCUUUGUUACAGCAGAAGGAAAGAACUACACAAUCUCCCAGAGGUACAGAGGUUGCUAGCGGCUGUGCAAAAGCCCCGGGCAGUUGCAGUGGUUCACAUCCCUGGACACCAGUCUGCCCGAACCCCGGAAGCUGAGGGAAACCGGUGAGCAGAUGAGGCCGCAAAAAAGGCGGCAGUAGCUUCACCAGCUUUGGCACUCGCCCUGCCAGCACCCGAGCUUCCGCGCCUGCCCCCGUGACCUGAUUACACCCCAGAAGAUCUCCAGUGGAUCCAAAACCACCACUGCCCAGAGCUUGAUCAACAUGGGUGGCAUCGAGACCCAGAAGGAAGACUAAUACUGCCAGCAAAACUAGGACUGUUCCUCCUUUCCAACCUGCACCAAGCCACCCAUUUAGGAAAGAGAAAGUUGCUGACAGUUCUCGAGUCUGCCCGCCUUAAGUUCCCCUGACAAGCCGUCCAGAUCCAGGAAAUCGUGGACCGAUAUGUCGGGUGCCAGGCUAUGAGACCCAGUAGGAAGGGACACCUGCACGCAGGUACAAGGGUAUGGGGGAGGGAGCCAGGACGGAGCUGGGGCGUAGCAUUUACUG